AUGAACACAUAUACCCAGACGCAGGCCCGUCCGCCUGCAGCUCCAGUAGCCCUAGGACGCACAAAUUCAUUCUUUGGCGCCAUCAAGAACAUCGUUACUGCCCCACUCUCAUGGUUCGGCGGCAGUGAUGAGGAAGACUUUGGGGACAGCGACGCCAGGGGGAAGCGGAGGCGACUUCCCACUGCCUCUGAGCAAACCCGCAAUGAGGAGGACUCGGAGCAACGGACCAAGAGAAUGAGACUUUCAAGAAAACUUCUGAAGUCGCACGCGCUCAAAAUCAGCGUCAUAUCUCGCCGUCCCCGCGAAAAAACGCUUCGCGUGCCUCCUGCCACACCACGUAAUAGACGCACGAUGUCCCCCUACCCAAGUGGAUCCCAGCUCAAGGCACAGCCGUCUGUGCGUACCAUGUCUCUUGAUCCUCCCACUGGUCUGGCCUACUCCGGGACUGCAGCCCGGCUCCAGCCUGCCCCGACCAUGCAGGAUCUCACCGAGGAGAAAGACGUCAUGUCCAUUAGCAGGGAACCGUCCAUGUCAAACAUCCGUAUGCGUACGUCUGUCACACCGCAGCCCUCGGGUCCCGAUUUCGGUCCCGUCGUUCCCGCUCGUCGGGAGCGCGAUCCAAACGAGCCGCCACCACUGACUACACUGAUGUCAAACCCCAUGUUUGUCAAGCCUCCGCCCGGCUUACAGAAGUCUGGAGCAGCAGAAUUAAGCAGACAAGCAACUCUUGGUUCAUUGUUGGACUCUCAGCGUCAGCAGACCCCUGUCCGACGGGGAUCCGUUCUAUUUGGCACUGGAUCCAUGACAGAUGUCCCUGCCCCAGCCCACCUUUGGCCGAUCAACCCCGCCGAGAAAGCCCUGCAUGAACUCGACGUGUACAAAACUCCCCUCCUUCCAUCGCGUCUUAAGGGUGCACCGAUCCCGGACAUUUUUAUACCCAAGAAGAGUCGCCCUAUCACUCUCAUGCAUGACCGGGAUCGAGAGCGGAAGAAGGGGAAAGGCAAGAGCAGAAUGAAGGAUCGAGAUGGUGUCAAUGGGACAAAGCCAUAUGCGGGUGAGGGCGGCAUGAAGAAGUGGUUGGCAAGGAGGAAACGGGAAGAGGAUGUGGUGCGAGCGUAUGAGGAAACUGACCGAGAGCAGGAGAAAGAUCGGGCGAUGGAGCAGGAUGAGAGUGCUGAAGCCGAGGCUGAAAGACUGAGAGAACAGAAAAAGAAGGCCCAGGCGGAAGAGGCACAACGUAAGAGGCAGAUGGAGGUUCCCGCCGCUAAGGCACCUGCAUUCGAGCCGCAGCUCAGUGCUACACGGGAGAUGUCGUCUCUCCGUGUUGGACGCUCGCUCAUGCGCAACCACAUUGAGCGCCCGUCAUCAAAGCGCCCAAACAAGUUCUCUGCGGCGUUUGAAGACGACGAGGAUGCUAUGGAUGAUGAGAGGGUUGCACUCGAGGAGGCUGCAAAGAAAGUACCCGUAUUCGAAAUCCCUGCUGGGUUCACGUUUGCGAAAGAGGCCCUCAUACCUCACGAUGUCAUGGGUGCAAAAGAACCUCCCAUCAGCGCACUUCCAUUUUCAUUGUCAAAAUCGACUACGCCUGCGGCUAUGCAGGCCUUUGUCCCCUCUGCAGCCACCGCUCCAGCAGUCCCCACCAUUUCACUUGUUCCUGCUACCCCACAGCAGCCAAAGCCAGAGACACGUACUGAGCCUGGACCCGUUCCAGCGGCCCCUCCCGCGACUGCUUCUGGCAUUCCCAAUUUUUUUGCUAGUACGACUGCAUAUACCAAGCCGUUGGCCGUCACUGCUCACCCGGGCUCUUUUGGCGUACCCUCUCCCGUUCUCGCGCCAGCACCAGCACCAGUGCCAGUACAAGCAUCUGCUGCACCUGCUACGACUUCCAUAUUUGGAACAGCUCCUGCGUCUGCAAGUACCUCGAUCUUUGGCACUUCUUUCACUAGCACUGGCACAUCGUUUGGCGCUCCAGCACCGCCCAAAGCAACAGAGUUGAUGCCUGUUCCUUCCCCUGCCCCUUCCUCUGCAUUACCCUCUGCCCCUUCCCCUGCUCCGUCCUCUUUACCAUUCUCGUUUAGUGCCGCACCCGCACCGGUUGCCCCUGCCAGUGAAGCUCCAAAAACAGCGGAACUUGAAGCAAGCAAACCUCCGUCGCCCUUCGGAACUAGCCCUUCUGCUCCUCCAUUCGGCUUUAGUACACCCGCCGUUUCUGCACCUGCACCUGAGCCAUCCAAGUCUGCAUUCUCUUUCGGGGCACCGGCACCGACGCCUGCAAUUACAGAGCCACCGAAGAGUGCCUUCUCAUUCGGUGGGCCUGCACCUUCUACGUCGCCUGCGCCUGUACCCGCUCCUACUCCCGUGAUUGAGGUCCCCAAGUCGUUGUUCGGGACGCAGGGAACGACGACGGCAUCUGAGUUCUCAUUCGGUGUACGCCCCAGUACUGCGCCCGCAGAGGAGAAACCUGCCUCGGCCCCUGCGCCUUUUGCAUUUACGUCUGCUUCAGCUGUUCAACCCGCUCCAAAUGAGAAGAAGCCAUUCGCCUUUGGCUCCCCAUCUCCUGCACCGCCUACUGCUACACUCAAGCCCUCAUUCAACUUUGGGCCUGCCAAUGCGGGUAGCAAUGCCUCUGACACAAGUAAGCCCUUCAAUUUUGGGCAGUCUGCACCUGCACCUGCACCUGCACCCCCGCGUUCCAUCACGCCGCCGAAAGCAGACCAGGAGGUCAGCAUGGACGAGAGCCCGAGUCGCGACAUGAAUACCAACGGGAAGGCGCCGGAACGGCCAACACUUAAUUUCUCUUUUACUGGUGCCAGUAGCACGCCCGCAGGCAGCACCCUCUUCGCGCAGAGUCCUGCUACGGCAACAGGCCCUGGAUUCGGCUUUGGCACGUCUAGUGCCAAUCCAUUCGUGAAGCCAGAGGACAAGGACAAGCCAGGGAUGUCAUUUGGCUCCGGGUUUGGCCAGUCUUCAGGUUCUGGCUUUGGAUUUGGGCAGGCGGCACCCGAAACACCUGCCCCGCCAUCUGCGGCGCCGUUCUCGUUUCCACAGGCUACAUCGCCGAGUGUAACACCGUCCUCAGCGUUCGGGUUCGGCCAGACCGCAAGCAAUACAUUUGGGCAGCAGCAAAGCACAUCAUCAGCGCCAUCGAGCCCGUCGACAUUCAGCCGCCCGUUUUCAUUUGGCGCAACCACGUCUACGCAGCCUGCUGCUCCAUCGUUUGGGUUCGGGGGCAGCCAGCCUGCGUCGCCGGCUGCCCCUGCCGGCGGGCUUCCACAGCCCUCAGGCGGCGGUGCGUUUAACUUCGGUCAGUCGAGUAGUGCAGCGCCAGCUGCCGCGCCGAAUUCAUUUGCUCCUGCUGCCGCCCCGUCUGGCGGGGGUGCUCUAUUUACCAUUGGUGCUGCACCUCAGCCUGAUGGGAGACAAAUCAAGAAGCUCCCUCGUCGUGGAGUUGGGAGACGCUGA